AUGGUUUUCCGCGAGCCACUUGCUAGUGCAAUCACGAGCAAGGCAACUCGACUUGGAACUAUUCACUGUCACUGUGUACAGAAAUUUGCUGAUGAAAGUAUCUCCUCCCUUCUCAGCAAAGAUGGAGUUGGUUUGGUUUCGAACUGGGCCGAGAAAGCAAAUCCAAUCGCGACCCAAUUACUUACCAAAAAGUCAAUCUACACUUGGAGUAAAGGGCUCCAAUGCAACAUCUUGAAUGACAAAGCUGUCUUGCAAUAUUCAUUAGCUCAAAAUGAAGGAGUUAUAGAUAUGUUGCAUACGGGUGUUCCUCCCAGAUUCCGUGGUAUGGGUGUUGCUAAGCUAUUAGCUCAGACUGCUUUCGAUUACGCCUUACAAAAUCGUUUCAAAAUGAAAUUAUCUUGUUGGUACUUGGCAGAAUAUCUACAAAAAAAUCCUAAGAGGGAAUAUGAAGAAUUGGUUCUAAAAUAG